CAUCUGCUCAGCUGAGAGGGAGACGCCGCCGCUUUUCCACCCAGCCCGGUUCUGUUAGUUCUGCCAUGAGAGGCGGAGGAAGAACGAGUCGGUGGAGGUGAGGGAACCAAGGGACCUGUUGGGAGAGAAAAUGUUUGGGAGGAGCGUGGUUCUGUGGACGCUGUGGGCCGUGCUGCUGUCAGGGCUGCUGUGCACGGAGACGGAUCCUGGUCAGGACCUGGCAGCAGGACCUGUGGAUUCGGACCAGCUGUCCUUCAGGAAACACUCCGUUCUGAUCCGCAGGAAGAGGAACGUUCUGUUUCCCAGCGGAGUGAAGCUCUGCUCCGAGGAGACGUUCAACCAGGCCGUCAGCAACCACCUGGACUUCUUCCACCUCAGAGUGUGCCAGGAGACGGUGUGGGAGGCCUUCAAGAUCUUCUGGGACCAGCUCCCUGACCGGGACCAGUACCAGGCCUGGGUGACCCGCUGCAUCGACGGGUCCGUCAGUAUCAGGGAUAUUGGCAGCUUCUUCAGCCAAUCAGAGGAGCAUAAAAGCCUCAUCAGGAGUAGAGUUGCGCUGACUGCUGCGAUGAACAGAUCUGAACCAUCUAUCCAGACCGAAGAACCUGUAGUGGACUCUCUACCAGGAGACAACAGUGUUAUCAUUGGAUCACAGCCUAUUACAGUCCUUCAAGAGGAGCUUUCUCCUGGCUUUGAAGUCACCUCUUGGACUCCACCACUCUCUGUAAUUGAAGCUUCACAUAAAGACACUGCAGUGAAUUCACUCUCUGGGAAUCCUGUGGAUUUAACCUCUGACCCUGCUGCUGACACUGUGCCAGAAGACUCUAAUGAUAUCCAGGAAACUGUAGGCAGCAUUACUUCACCAAGUCUGGUCAUCAACUACGACAAUGCUUCAAAUGUUGGAGUCACUUCAGAGGAGAUUGUUGAGAUGACCACAGAAGUUUUUCCCUCUUCUACAAACCAACUAUUUGACAUAUUCAAUCAGGAGGUUGCCGCUGGUUCAGGCACCGUAAUAGAAGACGGGAAGCUUGGGGAAUAUCACCAGGUUAUUGGAAGUAUUACUAAAGACCCAAGCAGCAAGCAGGUAAUCAGUCCACAGGAUGAUGAACCACCAACAAAGGGGCCAACAGCAUUGAUUAGUCCAAAGCCCACCAUGCCAUCUGCUGCAGAAACCUUCACUCUGAUGGAAGCAGGGCAUCAUCCAAAUGUGACUGCUGUGGUGGUCGAAGAUGUUGGUACAGAAGGCAUCACUGAAAUGACUGCGAUGCAAGUUCUCAGACCCACAGUGGAGAAAAUUCUUGAUAACUAUUUAGAUACUAUUCCUGGAGGGACUUUGACGCCUGCAGAGAAAGCCACUAAAGUCAUGCAAGAGCCCAGUGUUGACGCUGUAGCUCUUGGACCAGAAACGGAUAUUCUUGUAGAGGAGGACACAGCCCAGGAAGAUCCUUCAAAGGCAGCAGAAGAUGUUAGAUUAGGUGAAACAAAGGUCAUCAUGGAGACAACACCAACUGUGUUUCUGAUGUUGGAACCUGAAGAAGGAACAGAAAUUAACAUCAGUGAACGUUCAGAGCAGGAAUCAAAGACAAAUGUUUCUUCUCAGUCUCCCAUCCUGGUAACUAUCAGCAAGAGGAUCACUGAAAAUCGAGAAGCUAUAGAGAUGACAAGCAAACCUCUCCUUACUUUAAAAGAAGGAAACGUUAAGGGUGCUUUUCAAGAAGUGCCAACAACAUGGACAAUGACAACUGAGGUAACUACCACAGAAAGUGUUGCUCUCGUUCCAGCAGCAAAGCUGGGGGAGAUGAUAGAUGUCGAGGUCAAAAAAGAAGAUACAGCCAUGAUUACAGAAGAUGAGGAAGUUGAAGAGGGAGCUAAGGCUGAAAAUGAGAUUGUUCAGACAGAAGAAGCCACAAUCAAACCAGACAAGGCAGAAGAUACACAGGACUUCACAGAAGAGCUGUUGGAGCCAUUGGAGACAUUCGUUGGAGAGAAAUCAGAGAAAGUUGUUGUAGAAACAGACGAUGCAAUAAUUAAACCGACAGGAGGUUCUGCUCCAGAUGGCUUUACAACUAAAACAGACAGAGAGCCCAUGGAGCAACAUCAGAUUACAGAAGAACCAGAUCAUACAGACAAAACUGUACAUAAACCAGAACCUGUAGGAGAAGCUGUACUGGCAGGAGAAGGUCUGGAAACUGAUGCAAAUGAUCCAGACAUUGCAGAAAACACUGAACUUAAAAAGGAACCAGAAGGUGAUUCUAAAGUUGAGAAACCGGCACACAAAACUGAACUAAAGUUAGAAACUCCAGUAACGGCAGAAUCUUCAACAGAACUCACUGAAAAGCCGUCAGAACCAAUGAGAAAGACUGUAGGAGAUGCUGAAGUUAUUAACAUAGAAAGAACCAAACCUUCUGGAGAUCCAGCACAAGAACCUGAAGCCUCUAGCGAAUCAGUCCUAGAGUUAAACCCUGAUAUGGGCAUGGCACAAGAGGCAGAACCAAGCAAAAGACCAGCAAAAGAAACAGAGUCAACUCUAAAAAUACAAACCACACAGAAAACAGCUGAAGCAAAAUCAACAGAACUGACGGCACAACCAGAACAUGUUCCAGAGCUUACAACAAAACCGUCACAAGAAAUAAGUACGGUCCUAAGUCCAGUUAAAGAAGCAGAAGUAAAGCAAAGAGAAGGAGAUCCAGAAAAAGAACCAGAACCAACCGAGAAACCGAAUGAAGAAAUAAAUACCACCGAAGAAGUAACACAAGAAACGGAACCAAACAUUAAACCAUCGCAAGAAACCAAAAUGGCUGAAAAAAGCAAAACCACUGCAAGAACAUAUGAAGCCAUAUCAUCAGAACCGACAGACCAACCAACAGAAGUUCUGGAACCCUCCAUAGAACCACCACAAGAAACAAAUCAAGUUAUAUAUCAGGAGAAAGAGGUUGUGUCAGAAAUUGAAGGUUUAGAAGUAGAACCAGGGCCUGUGUGGGAACCUCAUUCCACAGAGAAACCGGGCAAAGAACCUGAACAAAAUAAGGAAUCAACACAAGAAACACAACCAGCUGUUAAACCCACAGAACAAGCAACCAAAGACCAAAUACAUCAACCCUCAAGAGAUCCAGCAUUGUCAGCCGAUUCCUUCACUGAGACCACUAAAGAAGAACAACCAGCCAAAGAGUCUGGUCAGGAGGCAGAGACUGUUAAACAACAACCUGGAGCAUUUGAGGAACCAACACAAGUUACUUUGAGGUUAGAAAACAAUGGUCCAGAAGAUGAGCACAUUCCACAAUCAACACACGAAACCAGUUUACCCAUUAAACCAGAUCAGCCAAUGGAACGCCCGGAACCAACUUCAGCAGAAGCUACAAGAGAACCAGGCCUCCUGACCGAGACCACUGGUGAAUCUCUGCACAAAGUAAAACUUGAAGAAGUAGUCAAAAAAACUCCAGAAACCACCUUGCAGUCUGUACUGGUACCAGAGGCCCAAAAUGUAUCAACUGAUACUACAGAUCAUACUGAAGAUUCAUUAAAAGAACCACAGCCCAUAAGAGAAUUUAUGCAGGAACCUAAAACCACAGAAGAACCAACUACAGUAUUAGAGCCUCCCAUAGGAUUAGGCUAUAAUGAAGAACCUAUCACAGAAUCGCCACCAAAAACGGAGUCAAGUAAAGAUCAAAAACCUCAAGAAGAACCUUCACCUGGAAUGCAAACCUCUAGAGAUCCAGUAAAAGAAUUCAAAGACAAAGAAACAAAAGUCGAUCCAACAGGAGAAGCAGAUCUUAUGGAGCAUCCUAAAAGGAAACUAGAACCCACAGGACAACCGGCUCCAGAGGAAGCUGUAGAAGGACCGGUAGAAACCAAACCGUAUUUGAGACCCGAUGAAGAUAAAGCUGGAGUUCGUCCAACAUUUUCAGAUAAAGUAGAAGAAACAUCAGCAGAGGAACAGUUCAAGCACACGGAGGAUAAAACCUCAGAGAUAUCGUAUAAAGUAACAGAGGAAAAAGAGGGAACAACAUCAAACAUUCCAGAGGAGGUGCUAGUACUGCCGUCUGCUGAAGGUUCUGAAGAGACUAAAAAAGUUCUGCAAGUGUCUGAGUUGGACAGAACUGAUGUACCAUCUGGAUCCCCACAGGGUCCUAAAGUUAACAUUCAAACUGAGACCAACAAAGCAACAAUUUCACAUGUGGUUGAACCUGCCAUCAAAGUGACAGAACAUGUUCCUAAAGUUGAAGAUCCCAGUGAAACAUCUCCUGAAGUUAUGACCCAAGUUCUUCAAGGAACAACAUCAGACACAUGGUCUCUAAAGACUGUCUUCCCAAAAGAACUUCCCUUCGAGGAAAAGGUUCUACCAGCGGAGAACCGUACCCUGAUAGUUCUCCUACCAGCUAUCACUGGAGACAGAGAGGUUUUUUCAGAGGCCCAUCCUGGUUCUACUGGUGAAACAGAUGUGGAAGAGGUAGCUACACCCGGAUCAUCAACAAUAGGACCUGCAGAGAAGGCCCCUCUGGGGUUCACCAUGAAGUAUGCAGUAGAAACCAACAAUGGAAACUUCCUGGAUCUAGCAGGCCAACCCUAUGAAGAAGAAAACAACUUACUGAAUAAUAAUGGUUUCACAGGAGAACAUGAGGAGGAGAACUUGAUGGGCAAUGAGAUAGUUGAGACACUGUUUCGACCCUCGCAGACUCUAAGGGACCAUAUGGUUGAGCUACGCAUCAAGCUAAAAGGAGAAACCUACAACAAUGCUCUGAGAGACCCAAGCAGCUUCGAGUACCAACAGCUGGCCAGACAGUUCACGCGAAAGGUUGAAGAUGCCUUUGGGGGGGUGCCAGGCUUCAAGAACGUGGCCAUUAUUGAAUUCAGGCCUCAGAAAGACCUUGAGCGGGACUCUGGGAGGCCAUUCCAGAGUUGUGGAGAGCUUGACUCUUGGCUGGUGCAGUCGGUGGGUGGAGGUGGUGGAGCGGAGGGUUCUGGAGGCGGUGUGAGGAGUUCCUUGAGAGGUCUGGUGGUCCAGGUGCACUAUGCUGUUAUUUUGGAGGUGGAACUGGACAGUGACGGGAUCUCAAGCGACACGCGAGACUUCAUCACGCUGCAGAACAACCUGGUGGAGAGGAACUAUGUGGGAGCUGCGGAGCAGCCCACCGUCAUCUACACCAUCACAGAUUUCCGUAACUUCAUCACAGAGGCGCUGCACAAAGACAACUUCCUAACCAACAGCAGCUUGGACUUCCUGGGAAAUGCAGGGAACGUGGCGCCGGCUGAGAAACCUACCAGCAAACCAGCGGAUUCCUAUGAGAACAUGGAUAACAUCCUGGCUGCAGAGAAGCCUCCCGAUGCUCCCACCCAUGAGGCAGAGUCCAGUGAAGUUUUCCUGAAAAAGGAAGACUUCUUGUUGGAUGCCUUGGACCAGUGGAAAGGUCCACAGCCUGCGCUGCUCAGUGAAAAUGACGUCUUCUUAUUGGAUGAAAGCACCACCCCUCUACAGACCGCCGGAGUCCAGGAGAAGACAGUCCACCUGGAGCCAGUGACUAAAUUCAAUACUGGAAACAUUGAAGAUGAAGGAUUCCUCCUCACCACCACCCCCCACGCUGCAGAUGACCAGCAGCUGGAAGACCAGACGGUUGCUCCAGAAGGUCCCCCUGCAGUCAGCAGGCCACCUUUAGCUGAAUCGCCCACAUUGGAUCACGGCUCUGGGUCUGGAUUCUCAGGAGACGCUCAGGAUUCUUACCUCUGGGCUUUGGAGGCUUCAUCAGCGUCCGAUGUCACUUAUGAAAGAAGUCAUGAAGUUUUACCGCCACCAGACUUGGAACUGGAUCCAGACGAUGACUUACCUGCUGUGGAACCAGCAAACACGGAAGCUGCUGAUUUGUUUCUAACGCAUGAAACUGCUGUUUUAGCGUCGACCACCUCUGAAGAAUCUGCUUUGAAUAAACCCACAGAGAAACCUUCUCUGAAGGAAGCUGUGGUGACGCAGGGCUGGACCACAGCUCCGGUUCCUUUAGCCUUAACUCAGGAAACCAUGACAGCAGAGCUUUCUGGGCAAACAGUGGAAGCAUCUGGUCUCCAUGGGGAUUCCUCUCUGCUGGAGCCACAGACCUUCUCAGUAAUCAUCACUGCUUCUCCUGAACCUGCAGGUUCUACCAUCCAGCAUCCACAGUCCACUGCAAAGGUGGAGCAAACCCACAGAGAGUCAGAGACUUUGGUGGAUUUUAUGGUUGACCUGGAACAAACCCAGGUCACUCCAGACAUGAAGACUGAAGGUGAUUUAGCAGAGAGCCAAACUGCAGCUGCACCGUCUGUUGAAGAGCAAGUAGUAGCAGUCAGGGAAGUCACUCCUAAACCAGCAGAGCUGGAAGUCCUGGUUGAAGCAUCGGACCCAAAGGGGAUGGAGAUUUUAGGUGAGCAGAGUUUAGACUCUGCUCACCUAAAACCUGAAGUCCCUUCAACCCAAACCCUAGACCAGGACCUGGUUGUGGAUGAAGUCAUCGUCGUCACAGCAACCUCAGCAACCCUAAUCCCAAGUUCAGCUGCAGCCUCAAAGCCCAGCAGCGUAAUCUCACCUGAGAGGGAGUCUCCUUUCACUCGAGUGUCUGAUUCAGUACCAGAAGAUGAAGAUCUGUUUCCCCACCAGCUUCCAAACCAGGAGGAGGUCACUGAAGAGUCAACAUUAGUGGGUGUGCUUAUUAAAACAACAGCUGCAGCUGAUUCUGGGGGGGGGCCUUCAUCUCCAGACCUACACCCGGGAACAACCCUAGAAGACGUUCUGGCUGCUAAAGCAGAACCUACCUGGGAGGAAGCAGAGAAAACUGAACCUAUUGGAGAAUUAGUAAAACCUUUGGAUCAGGAAAUAGAAUCUUCUGGAGGGUUACAAGCUGAAACAGAACCUCUGACAGACAAAGCUGGACCUCUGGAGGAGGCUCACGCUCUAGAAGUUCACAUCAAACCGAAUGAAUCCAAGAAAGAAUCCUCAGAAAUGAAAACUGAAACAUUGAGAGAAAAAGCUGAAACUUCUAAUGGAGAAAAACGACCUCAGGAGGAUCUAGACUCUUUAAGACGGAGAGAAAACCAUGAAGAUGAAUCUAACCAAAGAGACGUUGAAGAGACGCCUUCGUCUGUGGAAGAGUCUACUCCAGGAACGGAAGGAGACACCUCUGGACCUAAAGAGGUGACGCUGGGAGCUGAGGUCAAACCCUCACCAGGAACCAUGGAAGGAUUUGGGAGCGAAGAAGAAGAAUCUUUAGGAGAACUUGGUCCUCCAGAAGUAAAAAUAUUGCCUUCAGAAAUAGAAUUGGGACAUUUUGGAGAAACAACUUCAGGAAGAAACACAGAACCUUCCAGAGGAGAUGUUGGACCUUCUGGAGGAGAAGUAGAGCCUGCGGAACAAGGAGAUGCAGCUCAGAAGGGGGAGAAAGUGGAGGAAUCUUCACAUAGAGGAACUGAUCCUCCAGUAGGGCUGGAAGAACCAUCUGAGGGAAAACCAGAACUUUCUAGGGAGACGGAACCUUCUGGAGAAGCAACAUCUUUACAGGAGGAAGAGGAAUAUUCUCGAGAGGCAGUAGAACCUUCCAGAGAAGAAGUAGGCGCCGUCCUUCCAUCUCAGCCCAAAAUCAAUGAGACUUCUUCUAUGGUGGACCUCCAGCCUUUCCAACACCUGCCCAGCAUUGAUGUCAGCAUCGAUGUGUUCCAGUACGGCACUGGGGAGGCGGAUGGGGAAAGCAGUGGCUUCUCCAGUGAAGCUCAUGGCUCAGACCUUCUACCUGCCAGACCCGGCAGAGCUCUGACAGUCUUCUUCAGCCUGAGGGUGACCAACAUGGCCUUCUCCAUGGACCUCUUCAACAAAAGCUCAUCUGAGUAUAAAACUCUAGAGCAACGGUUCCUUCAACUGCUUGUUCCAUACCUCCAGUCCAAUCUGAACAACUUCCAAAACCUGGAGAUCCUCAACUUCAGAAACGGCAGCAUUGUGGUAAACAGCAGGAUGCGUUUUGGUAAACCAGUUCCCCAAGAGGUGACCAACAUCAUCUACCUGAUCCUGGAGGACUUUGCUAACACAGCCUACCACACCAUGAACCUGGCCAUCGACAAGUACUCCCUGGAUGUUGAAUCCGGUGAGCGGGCCGAUCCCUGUAAGUUCCAGGCCUGUAACGAGUUCUCCAGGUGUAAGGUGAAUCAGUGGUCGGGGGAGGCGGAGUGCGUGUGUGACCCAGGCUACAUAAGCAUCGACGGCUUGCCGUGUCAGAGCAUCUGUGACGUCCAACACGACUUCUGCCUCAAUGAUGGCAAAUGUGACAUCAUUUCUGGAAAGGGCGCCAUCUGCAGGUGUCGAGUUGGGGAGAACUGGUGGUACCGCGGGGAGCACUGUGAGGAGUAUGUCUCAGAGCCGUUGGUGGUGGGCAUCGCUAUCGCCUCGGUAGCUGGUUUCCUGUUGGUGGCUGGUGGGAUCAUCUUCUUCCUGGCCAGAACCCUCAGAGAACAGUAUGAUGGCGAAGACACCGAGGACCCGCUAAGACGGCAUGAGAGUCUUCCAACUUUGGAGCGAGCCACAAAGUUCAACCCAAUGUUUGAGAGCGACCCAGUUACCUCUCAGUACUACCGUCGCUAUGACGACGGCCUGCCCCAGUACCACCAGUGCCGUGACUCAACCCAGCCCCAGUACAGCUCUUCAGUCCUGAACAGAGAAGAAAUAGUCACCAUCAGCCAAAACCCAACCCUGUCUAAAGAGGAGAUCCAGGAGCGUCUCAGAAUAAUCGAGCUGUGCUCCAGAGAUCAACGCUUUGCAGAGUUUGUCAGGCAGACACAAGUAUUCCUGGAGAGGAGAGGAAGCUCUACGACGUAACCUGGCCUCCAGAAACCAACAUUACCUGCAGAAGAAACUAGUUUACGAUGAUGCUGCUGCCGUUGGCUGAGCUGGAGCUGAAGGCGACCAGAUGCUGACGGAUGUUGGAGUUUGUUUUUUAAGAACUAUUUGAUUAUUUGCGCUUGAAGUGAACUUUAACUUUCAAUUUAGUUUCAUGUUUUUUUUAUUAUGAAACGUUGACUUCGAGGAAUAUUUGUGUUUCUAAUCUUUGAUCGUUCCUGAGUUCCUCCCUCUCAUAAGCUUAGCUUCAUCUUCAGCUUGAGUUUCAGUGUUUCUGGGUUUAUCCCGGCUUUCUGGUUUCCACUUUGCUGAUGAAACCCAGCAGUGUUUCUCCCCCUGGUGCCUUCACUGCUCUCUUAGAUCUUUUGGGAUAUUAUAUGAAAACCAAAAACCUGCUAUUUUAUUUCUUCUGCAAACUGUUCAUCAAUGUUUACAUUUCUCUAUCAGAGGAAGAUCUGAACUCUGACUCCAUAAAAGGAUGAGUGUAGUUUGUUUUUGUCUUUUCAGAGACUAUUGUCCCUUAGAACCAGUUGGCCCUAAAGUCUUUCUAUAGCUUCAUGAAUGUUUAGGUUUAUUCUGGAUCUGUAUCAUCUUGAUCCUCAAGAUCUGAUGGUUUAUCCAAGAAACGACUUUAACUGCUUCAGUGAGAGAAAAGCCUCUGAGUAAAAAUGUAUCUAACACCAUAACAAGCUUUUCUCAGACCUCUGCGGACAGUUUGACGGUAUUGGUUAGAUUCUGGAAAGUACCACCUGGUUCACAGAGGGCGUGUCCUCAGAGGGCUUGGUCACAGAUUUCCCAAAAAAGUUGGCGCACCCCGCAUGGCUCUCCUUCAAGGAUUUCUGAAUGUAACGUUUCGGUCGUUAUGACCUUCAUCAGACACACGAUUCGGACUGGAAAUGACGUUUUUCUGAAGAGGAAGUAUCUUGAUGUGAUUGAGUUAAAUGCAGAUGAUGAUUCCAGGAUGUUUUUCUACUUUCUCUACUUGUUGUGUUUUGUUCUGAAUGAACCUGCAGGUUUAGAUCCUUCCAUUGUCACCUGAUGGUUCAAUGUUUUUGUGCUGUUUAGAGAUUCCAGGUGUUACCUGCAUCCCUUCCUGAAUUAGUUGGGUGUUUUCUAAUGUUUAAAUAUUGAUGUUUCCGUGAUUUCAAUCCUGUUUUCAUGGCUCACCUCUGUGCAGACUUACUGUAGGCAUGGGAGGUGGACUUGUCAAACUUUUCUAAAAUAAAAU